AUGGCGUCCUCGACCCACACCCUAGACCCCGUCUAUUUGCCUUACUGGCCAACCUGUAAGAAUGCCGUCACUUGGUCACCCGAACAUCUGGCUGUCGCCGCAGGUGAAGUUGUGCAUAUUCUUACACCCCGUGAAUCUUCACAUCCCCAGCUCUAUGCUGGCAACACACAGUGGGAUACCUUCACUUUGCGUGUCAAUUUGUUCGAGCAAGAGGAAUGGCCAUACCAGACCCUGGCUCCCCUCAGGGACUUUUCACUGGGCGAGGAGCUUUCUGACUCUACUAUCGUCUCAAUCGCAUGGUCUCCUGCAGGAUUGGGCAUCUACAGGCGCAGCAUUCUGGCUAUCUUGACCUCAAAUCUUGUCCUCUCGUUCUGGGAAUCUGAUGGUAGAUUAGGAAUGUGGAAGCGAACUUGCAUUGUCAACCAAAACCUACCCACUGGGGAGUCUGACAAAGUUAGACGAAGACGAAGAAUUCGCGCUUUCUGCUGGUUUCCCCAGAUGACAUCUUUCGAGGCCUCCAGAUGGGGUCCCCAACUGCUGGCGGUUGCGGACGAUGAUAAAACUAUCCUAGUCUUUCACGUUCAGAAGCACAGCACAGCAGCCUUUGGGGGAUGGUCGUUCGAGCUUAUGGCAAAACACGCCUUUCAGAACGCGGACUUGCAAUUGACGGGCAUGAACUCGUUACGGGCCAUGCUUUCCACAUCAUCGCCCAUAUCGAAGCUCGAGACAACGGAUUGGGAAGCCCAACAGGAGACAGACUCAAUUUCUAGGACAGAUGUUCUAACCAUGGAGGUGAGCUUGGGUCAGUGCACUGAGCCGAAGCACCUUUCCGUCCAAGUGGAGCGUGCAUUUGGGAAAACGGCAGGCAAUCAUCGUCCUUCCCACAAUCUGAAAGUGUCAAUGAUAGAUUCUCAGUCACCCGACAUUCGAUUGACGAACCAACCGUUGUUGGAGCCAUAUUUUGAACCAGCAAUCAUCAAGCUCCGCUCCGAGUUCAGCGAACAAUUCGAUCUUGGUGGCAAAGUGAGGGUAAGGACCUGGGGCACGGCGAUGUCGUUCGAUAAGACCAUGGCUGCGAUCUGCAUCUCCUGCCAUCCAUCUGAUAUGAUUGAGUAUGGCAUACCCUCCAGUCAGCGGACGGUGGUGUUGUUCGCUCAGCUACAGCAACCCUCGAUAAGUGAGACUCAAAUGCCGAACAAAAGUGAUACCGCUGUCCAUGAGGAGAUUCUCAGCUUUAUCACACAGGCUCCUGCAGACUGGGUCAAGACAGAUAUGGAUGGGAAGAUCGUCCACAAUGCGGCAGCUCUGGUGUUGUCCAAUCCCAAAGAUCAUUCGGCAAUGGUCACGUGGGCAACCUCGAUACUGGGUCAAGGCCCAGGUAGCCACACAGAGUCCAAAGGCGGCAGCAGGAUGCAGCCGAACGACGCAAUGGAUUUGGAUGCAGGUACAGACGCCUCCAUCGAGCAUAAUGGUGUCCCUGCUGCACUCGCGACUGAAGAGACUUGCGAGAUUUGCGAGGCCUCCAUACCGUUCAGCCCAUCGUCGGAUGCAGCAAAGUGCGUCAACGGCCAUCAAUUCACCAGAUGCGGUCUCUCGUUCGUCGCCAUCCAAGAGCCAGGAAUUUGCAAGUACUGCGCCAAAUGCGGAAGGCAAUUCCUCGAUCCCGGGAAGCUGGAAUUCGAAAAUGGUCCAAGCUUGAGUCAAGCGUUAUUCGACAAGUUCGAUGUUUGCCCAUAUUGCCAAGGCAAGUUUCGGGGAUGA